CUGAGGUUGUGUCUUGCCUGAGGCCCCACAGCUGCUGCAGGAGUAAGCUUCUGAGGUUAUCACUAUCCCUAAUCUUGGAGCAAGUGUGAAAACCUGAAAUGUUGUCAGAUAACAGGACAGGUGGGGAAGGAAGUAGGAUUUCAGCACUGCUAUGCAGAGCAGGGAGUCAUGAUUGAUUUCCUGGAAACAUCCACGUGACCAAAAAGGAUUUAGGGAGGCGGCCCCGCAGGUAGGGUUAGGCCCUGGCAGGUAGGCGAGCAACUCCCAGCCUCCCCAGAUGUGGCCUCAAGUGACUUCCUUUGGCUGUAAGCCUCCAAAAGUUCCUCUGGCCAGUUUUACCCAUCUGGAGAAUGGAUAUAAUAUCAGGCCCAACCUCUCCAAGAAGUUAUGAAGAGUCCAGUGAAAUCACCCAAAUACUUUUGUCAAAAAUUAGCUAAUGGCACUUUUUUUUUGCACUUUAUUGUAUGUAAAUUUUACCUAAAAAGAGUAAAGAACUGUGUGCAAAUAUUGAACUCUGAUCAAUUAAUGCACAUGGGGUGAUGUGUUAAAGGGAAAGCACACUGAUGUGUGCAACUUACUUUGGCAUUCAUCAAAAAAGGUAAAUGGACAGACCGAGAGAUCAAUGGAUAGAAGUAGGAUUUAGAAGUAUUCGAUGCAGUAAUUGUAAGCUCUAGGAGGAAGGAAAAUGGGUGCUGUAAAAUACUUCACAGUUUUGUGUACGUUUGAAAACUUUUGUAAUGAAAUACUGAAGAAAUUUUCGGUGAAACAUUCGUAAAUGUAUUAGCACAGUCAUUAAUUUGAAUUAUAAUUUUUACUGGCUGAAUUGCCAAUUGGGUACCCUGGGUGAAGUGGAUUACAAUCCCAAAUAUAAUAACUGCCAUUAAUUGCUGGGUCAGAAUCCGAAUUGGGAACACUUACUUUAAAAUUAUUGACAUUUUAAAAUUAAUAACUCCAUCUCACUUAUAUUUUACACCAAUCAUAUGAGGGAUGAGCUUUUUAAUCUGAGUUUUACGUUAGAGGAAUUCAAAUCCCCAAAGGAGUCGGAAGAUGGAACUCAGGGAGGAGACCCAGGAGGAGCAGGUUUCCAAAUUAAGCGCCGGCGGAUCACUUGCACUUUGUGGACACCCUUGCGACUACGUUUAGUUGUAGUUUAGGGGUCCAAAUACGCCCAAUUCCUUUGGCGGGGAAAAGCGUCUGCCCGACUGCCCGCCCCGGGCCCCACCCUCACCCGGGCCGCGCCCCUCGGUCCGAGGAAUGCGGGGACCUCCAAACGCGCUGCAGCCAAUCAGCGCCCUCGGCCAGCCCCCCACCUUCUCAAAGCCUCACCCCUGCCCUUAAUCCCUGUGCGUUCCGCCAACGACGCUCAGAGCCGCGUGGCGCGCGUAGCAGGUUCCCUUUGGGCUGAUAGCCGUCAUCUGGGAUCCUGGACCGCCGCCUUCCGCACCCAGGGGCCUGGAUUUCCCUUCCCGGCUCCGGGGAAUUGGCUCCCCAUUUCCUGGAGCUGCGCCUCCCGGGCCCCAGACUCGGGCUCCAGAGCCCUUGGUUUCCAGGACCCAGGCACCCUAGUCGCCGCCUUCCGGAUCCAGGGAUCCCGGGUCUGCGCCUCCAGGAACUCUUGAAGAUGGCUGCCGUGGGGGCGCCUUCUUCAGCAGUCAAGGACCCCAGGUUCCAGCCUGAGAAUCUCCCGUGUGCCUGACGCCCAGGAAAACCCAGGGGUUCCCAAGUCACGGUUUUGGGGCACCGGACAUAGUCUAGAAGAUCAGAGCCCCAGCGCCCAGCCUAGCAGUCCCCGACACUCCAGCUCCCAAGGGCCAAGGAACUUAGGCGCUGCGAACUCACCACUCCAAGGAACCCUCCCGAGUUCCGCCUCCAGGCUCUGUUACUCGGCUCAGUUCUGAGGAACGUGUACGUCCUGGGAAGGACCCCAAGAAGCUCCCAGCUUCCGGGCGCUGGGGAGCCCCGAGGCAUCCGUCAUGAUGGCCGAUCCACCCAAGGGAGACCCCAAGGGGCUCGCGGCGGCGGAGCCCACCGCUAACGAUAUCCCGGAGUUUGUCCCCACAGAGGACCCGGGCGCGGCGGGAGGUGGCUGCUGCGGUUCCCGCGACCAGCUGCGCCGCUGCCUUCGCGCCAACCUGCUGGUGCUGCUGACCGAGACGGCCCUGGUGGCGGGCGUGGCGCUGGGGCUAGGGGUGUCGGGGGCCGGUGGCGCACAAGCGCUGGGCCCCGCGGGCCUGGUGGCCUUCGCCUUCCCGGGCGAGCUGCUGCUGCGCCUGCUAAUGAUGAUCAUCUUGCCGCUGGUGGUGUGCAGACUUAUUAGCGGCGCCGCCAACGUGGACCCGAGCGCGCUGGGCCGCCUGGGCGCCUGGACGCUGCUCUUUUUCCUGGUCACCACACUGCUAGCGUCCGCGCUCGGGGUGGGCUUGGCUCUAGCCUUGCAGCCAGGCGUCGCCUUCGCCGCCAGCAGCUCAUUCGGAGCCACGGACGCCGUGGAAGGGGCCUCCAGCGAGGAGGUGCUCUAUUCUUUCCUGGAUCUUGUGAGAAAUGUCUUUCCCUCCAACCUGGUGUCUGCAGCAUUCCGCUCAUAUACUACCUCCUAUGAUGAGAGAGGGAUCGACGGAACCAAGGUGAAGGUGCCUGUUGGAGGCGAGGUGGAGGGCAUGAACAUCCUAGGCCUGGUGGUGUUUGCCAUCGUGUUUGGCGUGGCCCUGCAGAAGCUGGGGCCUGAGGGAGAGCUGCUCAUCCACUUCUUCAAUUCCUUCAAUAAAGCCACCAUGGUGCUGGUGUCCUGGAUCAUGUGGUAUGCCCCUGUGGGCAUCUUGUUCCUGGUGGCUGGCAUGAUCGUGGAGAUACAGGACGUGGGGCUGCUCUUCACCAUCCUUGGCAAAUACAUCCUGUGCUGCCUGCUGGGCCAUGCCCUCCAUGGGCUCCUGGUGCUGCCCCUCAUCUACUUCGUCUUCACCCGCAAAAACCCCUACCACUUCCUGUGGGGCAUCAGGACAGCGCUGGCCACUGCCUUCAGGACCGCCUCCAGCUCCGCCACUCUGCCUGUGAUGAUGAAGUGCGUGGAGAGGAAUGGCGUCGCCAAGCAUAUCAGCCGCUCCGUCCUGCCCAUCGGUGCCACGUUCAACAGGGACGGUGGCGCGCUCUUCCACGGUGUGGCCGCGGUGUUCAUUGCACAGCUCAACCACCAGUCCCUGGACUUCGUGAUGAUCAUCACCAUCCUGGUCACCAGUAUAGCGUCCAGCGUGGGCAGUGGACGUGUCUUCACGGUGGCCAUCAUCCUCGAGGCAGUCGGUCUCCCAGCUCAUGAUGUCUCCUUGAUCCUGGCUGUGGACUGGGUUGUAGACCGGUCUCGUACCAUCCUCAAUGUGGAAGGUGACGCCUUUGGGGCAGGACUCCUGCAAAGUUGUGUGGAUCGCACAGAGUCCCGGAGCCCAGUGCCCGAGCUGAUCCAAGUGAAGAUUGAAGGCCCCUGACUCCGCUGCCAGUCUACACUGGGGAGGGAAACCCCUUCAAUCCCUGUGCUGCAGGACCUGGGAGGGACGCUGACACUUACAAGAGGGAAUCCCUCAUGUAAGCUCUAUGAGUAACCUUCCCUACCCUGACCAGGGGCCCUUUGAACACUGGGAUCAUGAGGAGGGAUGAAUAAACAAACUGGGCUCCGGGGGCCCUACCCACACACUCCAGGGGGCCAGGGGCUCCAGCCUCCUCCCUGACAUCACAUCAGAGAGGCCUCAUUGCUGGGAUGUAUGUAUGUGUGUGGGUCUCCCCAAAUCUCUCCAGUCCUCAACCCCUGCGUCCACCCAAGGCUAGAAACAGCAAGAUGGAGCAGUAGUGUCCUCUGCACCCCAUCCCGGGAGCCGGCCUGGCCUCCCUGUCUCGGGGUGCAGGGUGCAUGUCACCAUACGGAUUUGAAGGAUGUUUGGACCGGUUGCUGGCCCCUUUGCUGGUUCUUUCAGUGGCUGGCUGGUUUGUGUGUGUGUGUGUGUGUGUGUGUGUGUGUGUGUGUGUGUGUGUGUGUAAUUCCUGUGUCAAAUGGUAUUUCUAUUUUAGUUUUGACUGUGACCCUCUCCAUAUACUUCCCUCUCUGUCCCCAGGCCUUUUGUUCCCUUCACUGUUUUUAAGAGAAACACUCCCUGGAACUCUGGGGACUCAGGGAGAGCAGGACAAGUACUACUGUACUCCAGAGGACAAUUUUUUAUGGUAUCAUUAACAUAUAAUCACGUGACCACCAUUGUGGUUACUAAAUUCUCCCCAUUAUCAAGUCCUCACCACAUACCCCAAUACAGUCACUGUGCAUCUGUGCAG